UAGACUUUUGACACCCUCCAUACUGGUCUGCUGUUUUUGCCAACGCUACUUUCUUAACCAUCAUCCAGUGUGCGGCUACAGAGCAAUGUUGAAUUAUCUCGCGCAUGCGCAGAGGCUCACCUGUUGGAACUGUAGCUGAGAAAAGUGCAAAAGGAGGGAGGUGAAAGAAGACGACGGGGGGGGGGGGGGGGGUGAGAGGGAGGUGUCGCGGCGGGCAAUACAGACGCGCUCAGUCCAGAGUGGGACAACCUGCGGAGAGCAAGGAGGACGAGGGCAGAAAGAAGACAAAAAAGAUGUUGAUGAUGACCGUGGACGGUAAGCAGCACUUCGGCCUUCACGAGGGCAUGCGCAGUGUGCGCGCAGAGGGGUCUCAGCUCCAGGCCAAUAUAUUGGGGGGCGGCAUGGAGGAGAGCCUGCUGGCUCGGGCGGAGACUCUGCAGGCGGCGGCUGACAGCAUCCUCAUCUCCCAGGCAAGGAGAGACGCCAGCUUCCAUACCAUGAGCGGUGUGCCCUCCUGCACCGCCGCCUCCUCCUCAUCCUCUUCCUCCACUGUCUCGUCCAUCAUCGCCUCGCACCAUCACCACAACUUCCAGAGCCACCAGCUGGGACCGAGCCUGGAGGCCGGGGACCUACUGGAGCACCUCUCCAGUAGCCUGGGGGUGACCGGGAUGGGCGCUCCCGAGCAGGGUGUGACGCACCACCACCAGCACCCUCAUCACCACCAUCACCACCACCACCACCACCUCCAGACCAUGGGGCAGCUCCACCAGGCCAUGGCGGCCAUGGGCCACGCGCACCCGGCCGUCCCGGCGCACAGCGACGUGGAGUCGGACCCGCGCGAACUGGAAGCCUUCGCCGAGCGUUUCAAGCAGAGGCGCAUCAAACUCGGCGUGACUCAAGCGGACGUGGGCUCGGCCCUGGCCGACCUCAAGAUCCCCGGCGUUGGCUCCCUGAGCCAGAGCACCAUCUGCAGGUUCGAGUCGCUCACCUUGUCGCACAACAACAUGAUCGCUCUCAAGCCCGUGCUGCACGCCUGGCUGGAGGAGGCGGAGGCGGCGCACCGGGACAGGAGCGCCGCUGCGCCGGAGUUGCUGGCGGGAGGGGGUGGCGGCGGUGCGGAGGACGCCAGGCGGCGGAGGCGAACGUCCAUCGCCGCCCCGGAGAAGCGCUCCCUUGAGGCCUACUUCGCCAUCCAGCCCAGGCCGUCGUCGGAGAAGAUCGCCGCCAUCGCCGAGAAGUUGGACCUGAAAAAGAACGUGGUGCGCGUAUGGUUCUGCAACCAGAGGCAGAAGCAGAAGCGCAUGAAGUACUCUGCCGUGCACUGACUUCAAAGGCGUCGUCAGCUGCUUUUUUUCCAUUGGUUCAUAAUGAAAACAUCAUUGGAUUAAUUCAACACGGCGGCUCGUCACUUCUGAUAUUUGGGAUUAUCUCCUCCAUUUUUCUUCAUUUUAUUGCACUUUUUCUGGGGGGGUCCUUAAAGUUUUAGGGUCCAAGGGAAAUCCAACACCUCAUAAUUGUAUGUCAUUUACAUGUGUGCUAUUGAAAUGAUAUAUUUUUUAGACUUUUUAACUAUAGGUGCAACAAUCAAUAUAUUAAUCAACAAUGAGUCAAUUCUCAAAUUAAUCAAUUGAUCAUUGAUUAAUCGUUUUGAGACCUUGUUGAAUUUAAAAUGUUCUUUGUCUGAUUUCCAUUAGCCUACCUAAAAAUCAACGUAUUAUCUUUGUGUUGAAUUAAAAUGAGAC